UUCCGCGUAAACGGAAAUGAACAUUGACCAACAACAAUUUCGUACCUUAGUGUUUUUAUUGUUGUUAUUUAGACGUUUAUUAACACCCUGGAACUCAGAAUAUGACUAAUUUAACUGCAUAAACCUCACAUACGUACACCCAGGUAGUAUAUAAUUCGCGUUGGAGACAGAACUUGGUUGGUAGAUAGUAAUGCUAGGUAACGUAGCUGCUAACAAUGGCUAAAUGUAUGGUUUUUCACACUCAAAUAGCCUCCAUUAUGGAGGUGCUAGCGAAUGCAGCCGUGGCAGAGAUCUGUAAACUCGUCGACGACGACUAUGCAGUGUUUCGUUUGGAAAUAACUCAAAGCCAGAAAGAAAACAGGACAUUGCAGAGGAAACUACAGCUACUUGAACUGAAGGUGGCACGGGAGCGCGCAGAGAGGACAACUCGAGAGCGCGCCCUAGCUAGUCGUCCCAGUAGUGUCAAAAUCCUCGACCGAUACAGAGGAAUGGCAAGAGGUGAUGGACAUCUCACUGGAGGCCACAGGAGCUUUGUGAAGCCAGUAGGACACAACGUGUGGAGAGAUGACCAACCAAUAGCUAUAGAUGAGGGCAGUGGAACCUCCACCCAGCAUGUUAUCGUGAAAGCGUCUGCAGAUGCAGAGGCUGCAGGUCCUGGGUUCAAGCUGGAAAUGUAUGAAGGAAAGGAGGCCCCACCGCACAGCAGAGACAUCCAGGCUGGAGUGCUUGCUGUAGCCACAGAGGACCCCACCCUCGCCCCAGCACUGGAGGUCAGUGGAACGCUGAACACCGUCCUCAAGUCAGAGACAGACACCGAGACUUUAACGGUGCUGGAGCGACUGGGCUGUCCUCCUGCUCCCCGCACAGAGUAUAUAGUUUAUGGGAGCCCGAGGACGGCUCUGUUCCAUCAGGACUCAGGUGAUGCGUUACAGACUGGCAAUGAUCCAUCCUGUUCAUACGCUACAGAGAUGAUACCUGGUGACAUGCCUGUGGGCUUAGAUACACAGACUAAUUCAAUGAGAGGGGACUGGAACCGGUACAGUAGUAGUGUCUACUCUGAAAUGUGUCUAGAUAAGAAAGGGGAGGGUCUGGUCAUAGAUGAGGUGACUGUGAAAGUGGAGGGUGACACCCCUCUGACAUGGAAUGCAGAUGAGACUCACUUAGGAGAAGGACACUCUCAGGAAAACAAGAGUGACUUCUUAGACUACAGGGAAAGCUUAGAGCCAAAUCCAAAUAUUGCAACCCACUCCCCUUUACACACGCUCAAGGAACGCGACCCAGUGUCCACGUCUAUGGCACCUUCCGAUUCACACAACCAUGCCCUUAUCAAUCAGGUAUUGAACUCGAACGACAGGUCUAGAGCCCAGGGAGGGGGAGCAACAUCAGGUGUUAAUAAGGAGAAACGGUUCUUCUGCAUGUUCUGUAACAAAGGCUUCAACUGCCCUCAGAAGGUGGAGAUCCACCAGAGGGUCCACAUAGGGGUGAAACCCUUCAGCUGUACCCAGUGUCACAUGCGCUUCUCCCUGGCUUGGAACCUGAAGAUCCACCAGAGGGUCCACACAGGGGAGAAACCUUACAGCUGUACCCAGUGUCACAUGCUCUUCUCCCACUCGUCCAGCCUGAAGAGGCACCAGAGGAUCCACACAGGGAAGAAACAAUUCAGCUGCCCCUAGUGUGGGAAGACAUUCUCCCACCAGAACCAGCUGAUGAUGGACUUGAAGUUUCACACUGGAGAAAGGUUGUUUGCCUGUAUGCACUGCGGGAAGAGGUUCUCAGAGAGGAGCUACCUCAGGAUACAUAAGCUGAAAAAACAUUUGACUGUAUAAUAUAGAAAGUAACCAUUCCACUCGAUAGCUUCUGACAUUUAGAUCAAACCCUGCAUUAAAGACAUACAUUUUCAUUUGGAAUAACAAGAGUAACAGAUUUCAGUAUAUUAUAUUCCUGUGUAGAAUAUUGCAUUGAGACAGUGGCCAUGUCCAAAUACCCAUACUAGCGUACGACAUACUUAAACUGCAUACUAAUUUUGGCAUUGGAUCUAGCAGAAUUCACUCACCUUUUCCCACUCACGUGUUUGACAACAGCUGAUCAUCAGAUAAAUGAAUGCUCUGUACCAAAAUGAACGAAUGGCGUGAGUCUACGUAAUCACACAAUAGAUGAUGCAUUCAGUGUACUAUUUUCAACAUUUCAUAUACUAUAGAAUUUUAUUUUUCAGCAUACUAUUUAGUAGGCUACUAUGGGUAUUUGGACACGGGCAUUGUGUGAUUUAAGGCAUAUAAGCCUAAAUAGUCUGUUACAUAUUGUGUUUGUACUGUGUAGGAUAUAUGAUGUUCACAAAUGCCUAUUUCAUUACUUACAUUCAACUACUUGAUUUUUUUCCCCCCAAGACACUUUUCAAUGAGAAAAAUAAUGCAGUUUGUCAAGUUCAUGCAGAUUUUUUGUUGAGACUUUUUGGGGUCAUGCGCUUAUCCAGAGCGACUUACAAUUUUUGCAUUCAUCUUAAGAAAGCUGGGUGAGACAACCACAACACAGUCGUAGCAAGUACAUUUCUCCUCACUAAAGUACUUAUCAGCAACGUUCGGGCAGACACUCUUCUGUCUUAGCUUCAGGGGGAAGCUGGUUCCACCAUUGGGGUGCCAGGACAGAGAAGAGCUUUGACUGGUCUGAGUGGGGGCUGAUCCCUCAUAGGGGUGGGAGGACCAAGAGACAAGAGGAGGCAGAACAGAAUGCUCGGGUUGGGGUGUUGGGUUUGAGCAUAGCCUGAAGGUAGGAAAGGGCAGUUCCCCUUGCUGCUCUGUAGUCAAGCACCAUGGUCUUGUAGUGGAUGCAAGCUUUGCCUGGAAGCCAGUGGAGUAUGCUGAGGAGUGGGGUGACAUGGAAGAGUUUAGGAAGGUUGAACACCAGGUGUGCUGCGGCAUUUUGUAACAGUAUUUUUAUUGGAAUUUCACAAUUCUCACCCAUAUUAAGAGAUACAACAACAUAGACAAAGCACACAAAAAACAAAAACGGCACUCACUUACACAUACCUACGCAUAUAUAUAUAUAUACAUAUAUAUACAUACACACACAUACAUAUACAUACACGUACACACAUGCAUAUACACAUACACAAAUACAUACAUACCACACACACCCAUACAUACGUACACCAUUUUCCUCUUCCCGCUCGGUGCUUCUCUCACCCCAUCCCCAUCAUUGCGUCUCUCAAUACAUACAUUUUAAACAAACUUAAAAACAGAAAUUAAACAAAAAAGCUCAGUUUAAAUCAAGAAGUUAGGUUCCACACAUGGAACGUACAGUGUAGUUCUGAAAUACAUAGAUCCCCGCCAUUCUGAGAGAAUCCUUGCAGCAUAAUAGCUGAUACCUCAGGUUCUAGGUAAUUUAGAUAAGGUUCCCAUAAUUUGUAGAACUGGUCUGUUUUAGAAUGCAAUGUACAUGGCAGAUAUUCCAGAGGCACCCAUUCAAAUAGUAUCUUAUGCCAAUCUUUAAUAGAAGGAACCUUAUCACUAAUCCACUGUAAAAUUAUGUUUUUCCUCGCUGCGAAGGUAAGGAUGUUGUAAAGCCUUCUUUUACCCACAGAAGUAACAUGCCUACUAGGGAGACCUAACGGUAAAGAAACUGGGUCCAAUUCUAGAUCAACCUGUAGGAUCUUUUCAAUUUCUUGUAGAACACCAGACCAGUAUCUUUGUAUUUUGGUACAUGACCAUAAACAAUGUGUUAGGGUUACUGUAUCAGUUUUGCAUUUAAGACACUGAGGGGAAGAGGAAGUGGGGCUAAAAGCAUGUCUGCGAUUUGGGGAUAUGUGCAAUCUGUGUAUUAUUCUUAAUUGGAUUGCUCUAGUACGAUUACAUAUAGAUAUUGUUUUUGCAUAUCUCUAAAUGUCCUCCCACAUCUCUUCGUCAAUAGUAACAGACAAUUCUUUCUCCCACACUUGUUUCAAUGACUUUAAAGUAUGGGUUGUUAAGGAUUGGGGUAAGAGCAGAGGUUAGUUUGGACCUUCCCAGGAAACGUUGAACUGACCUCCAUACUUUGAGUGUGUUCAGUGUAACGGGAUUAUUGCAGUGAUCUUCUACAGACUUGAAACCUAUGAUAAAUAAAAUAUCCUGUAAGGGGUAUUUUGAAAGAGAAGUCUCAAUGUCUAACCAAAUAGAGGAGUCAUCAUUUGUGAUCCAGUCAGAAAUAUAACAAAGGUGGGCACACCAUUGAUAGAACCUGAUAUUGGGCAGGUCCAAGCAGCCCAUAGAACUUGGCAGCUGCAAUAUUGCCAUCUUAAGUCUUGGCUUGCGUUUACUCCAUAUAAAGGAACUUAGCCAUCCAUUUACAUCCUUUAUUACCUUAUUGGAGAGUAAUACUGGGAUCAUUUGGAUUGGGUAAAGUAGUCUAGGUAAAAUGUUCAUUUUCAAGAGGGAUAUUCUACCCAACCAAGAAAUAGGGAGAGAGUUCCAGCACUCCAGAUCCUGUCUUAUUGUAUCAAACAAGGGAACAAAAUUGGCUUUGUACAUUUGCUGGAAUUUAGGAGUUACAAAUAUACCCAGAUACAUGAAACCUGAGAGAGACCAUUUAAAAGGGAAGGGGGGAGAAGUAUUAGGUACAGAGUGUAGCCUACCAAGUGGCAUAGCCUCUGACUUAGUUAGGUUAAUCUUGUGGCCUGAGAAUUCGCAGAAUAAUUCAAUAAUAUUAAUAAGAGAUGUAAUUGAAGUCUCAACUAGAGGUGAAUAUCAGGACAUCAUCAGCAUACAAGCUUAUUUUAUGGUGAACAUCACCAAUGAGCAGCCCCUGUAUAGCAGGCGUUACCCUGAUGGCCCCGGCCAGUGAUUCCAUAACGAGUGCAAAGAGGAGAGGGGAUAAAGGACAGCCCUGUCUGGUACCUCUGUGUAUAGAGAAGCUAUUUGACCUUAGCCCAUUAGUAAGGACAGCAGCCCGAGGAUCAUCAUAUAAAACUUUCACCCAUUUUAUAAAGUUGUCCCCGAGACCAAAUUUAUUUAGAGCAAAUAAUAGGUAAGACCUCUCCACACGAUCAAAUGCUUUCUCAGCAUCUAGGGAGAGCACAAGACCAUCCAUAGCACUUCUUUGGUAGGCUUGAAUUACAUUAAGAAGCCACCUGACAUUGUUGCAUGACUUACGGCCCUUAAUGAAGCCAGUUUGGUCUCCUUUCACAAUUAGUGGCAGUGAGUCCUCUAAUCUUGUGGCUAGAAUUUUAGAAAGCAAUUUUCUAUCCACAUUCAGAAGGGAAAUUGGUCUGUACGAGGAACAAGACUCUGGACAUUUUCCCUUUUUGAGAAUAAGUGAAAUGUUUGCUUCUCUCAGCGUUUGAGGGAGCUGAUCAUUUGAAAAUGAGUGGUUAAACAUAUCACGCAAUGGCUCAAGGAUCAGGCCAUGGAACUCUUUAUAGAACUCACUACAAAACCCGUCUGGUCCUGGGGCCUUACCAUUUUGCAGAUUCUUAAUUGCGAACAUUAUCUCUUCCUUGGUAAUAGGGGCAUUAAGGAGAGACCUCUGUUCUUCGGAGAUAGUAGGGAGAUCAAUCUUACAAAAUAAGUUCUCCAUUAAUUUGGGUGCAUCCUUUGGCAGUUCUGGGGCAUAAAGGUUUGUAUAAAAUUUCUUAAAUUAGUCACUUAUCAAUUUAUUUUCAUAUAAAUGAUUACCAUCAGAAUCAGUAAUAGUAGCGAUUGACUGAGAGUCAGCUCUCUUUUUAGCUAGGUAUGCCAAGUACUUUCCUGGCUUAUCGCCAUGUUCAUAUAGCUUUUGCCUGACAAAUCUCAUUUUCUUUUCAGCGUCCUGUGUUAGGAGAGUCGAACGUUGAUCUAAUGACUGAUAUUUCCUUUAAUAGGACAGGAGUGGGAGUUAAUGUAGUCCUUCUCUUUAGUUCCUAAUUCACCCUCUAACAUGUUUUGCUUUUCAUGCUUUUUCCGUCUCUUAGUAGCUGUGUAUGACAUAAUCAGACCCCUGGCAUACGCUUUACAGGUCUCCCAAAGGAGCGAGGGGUUAUCUGUUAAUUGAGAGUUAGAGAAAAAUGCUUUAAACUCUGUAAUAAAAUGUGUUGUGAAUGUA